AAGAAGAAGUCAGGUUAUUACUGCAUGACAGAUGGUAAAUUAAAUCGUUUAAAUAAUUAGUUUUAAUCGUCUGAUAUAUUUUAUAUAAAAAUGAGUUCUAAUGCGCUGUAUAAAUUUAUUUUAACUCUAGGUUUUCUAUCACUGUUCCAUGCUGCAUACUCGGCAGCACAACAUCGUUCAUAUUUGAGGCUUAACGAAUUAGAUUUUACCCGUUUGCCUACAGACAUUUUUAUUCAAGCACUCAUCAGUCUUUUUGUAAUAAUAUAUGGAGUCCUUCAUGUUGUUGGAGAUUUCAAAGAAAUAAAAGCAUCAGCAGAUCUAGAAAACAAAUCUUGGGAAACAUUUAGGAAUGUUCAGGCUUUUUAUACUUUUUGUCACAGAGGACAGUCAUUCUCAACAUAAGAAUAGUCAUAGAAUGGAAUUAAGCAAAAACAUGUAUGGUCUGUCAAACAAGAAGUCCUCUUAGAGUGACAGUCUGUCAUUUUAAAGCCCCAUUCUCAGAGCUAUGUUCUGUCUCCGGCGACACCGUUAGACACUUAAACAAUCAAUGGGCGCGAUCAGUAAACACACCGGUAUCAACAUCAACUGGUAAAAACCUACCAAUUACUUUUAUUAUUUUUUAUUGAAUGAUCGAGACAACAAAAAAUGUGACAGAUGACAAUUAUGACACAGAUGACAAUUAUGACAGAAUACCGUAGGCUCUCAAGUAAUCAGUGACCACAACCGGUGAGUUACCAUUGGCAUUCACUUUAAUUUUCUACACCGGUGGACUAACCGGUGUGUGUACUGAAUGCACCCAUUGAGUGCUGAGCUAAAUUUAAAAUUGACAGCUGUUUGAAUUUUGUACUAAUCUGAUUGGUCCUUUUUACGUGUGAAGUUCUGAGAACAUGGCUCCCAGCUUAAAGCACUGUUCUCGGAAUUUCAUACUAUCGCCAGCAACACGUCAAAGGAACCAAUGAGAUUUGUAGAAAAUUCAUACAGUUGUCAAUUUUAAAUUUAGUACAGGUCUCAUUGGUUGUUUGAAGUGUCUAACAGUAUCGCCAGCGACAGAAUGUAGUUCUAAGAAUGGGGCUUAAUUCCUGGGAAAAUUGUAUUCUGUCAUUCUUUGGAUAUCAUCUAUCAAAAUCUUACCCAACUCGUUGGACAGACUUUUAGUGAUUUUAUGAUGCAUUGUCACAUUUGUAGCCAUUCUUCUAUUAUUAAGAAAAUUAUACCAAUGACUCACAUAAUUAUAUUUAUUUGUAGCUAUUAAUGUACACAUAUUUAUAUACAGAAUUAUAGCUAGAUAAUAAAUAAAAUAUAAAUAAAAAAA